AUGCCGAAACAUUUAAGAAAAGAUCGUCAUUCGCGUAAUGCACCAAUUAAAACAUCUAGAACAGAUGUGGAUGAUGAAGUGCUAGCUGAUGAGGAUAUGAGUGUUUGUUCAAAUAUUUCUGAUGCAACGAGUAUUUAUGAUGAAAUUGAAGCUGGUCUUAAUGCAGCAACUACAGUGAUUUUAUCAUCGGAUAAUCUUGAUGAAAAACUUGAUUCUGCAAUUGAAGAACUUCGAAAUAAAGAUUUAAAAACACGUGAACAUGGUUUAUGUACACUUCAAGCUUUAUUUUCACAAAAAUAUCUUCCAGAUCAAGUUGCUAAUCGAAGUGAAAAUAUAAUUGAACAAUUAAUAUCAUGUUUAAAAAAAGGAAAUGAAUCCGAAGGAAAAUUAGCAGCUAUUGUUACUUCAUUAUUUUUUAUUCAACUUGGUGAAUCUAAUGAUGAGUUAUUUCAAAAAUUUCGUGAUGCUAUUAUGCCAAUAUUACGAGAUGAAACUAAAUCUUCAUCAUUAAGAACACGUUAUGCUCAAACAAUUGGUAUAGUUUGUUUUAUUGGUUGUGAAGAUAUUGCUUCUUCAGUUGAUUUAAUGAAAUCAUUAGAAAUAAUCUUUUCGAAAUCAUAUGUACUUAAAGAUGGAACUAUACCUAUUGUAACACGUGAUCUUCAAGAAUUACAUGCAGCUGCACUUUCAUCUUGGUGUCUUCUUGUAUCAACAAUGCCUAAUAAUCAUGCACAUGAUUUAAUACGAAUUUAUGCACCGGAAAAAAUUCCUGGACUUAUUGAAUCAAGUGAUGCUGAUCUACGCAAUCAAGCUGGUGAAACAAUUGCUGUUUUAUAUGAAAUAGCACGAGAUAUUAAUAGUGUUUUUGCUGAUCCACCUGAAUCAUUAUUAAAAACAUUAGAUAAAAAAGCAAAUGAAAGUGUAAAAUAUAAAGGCAAAAAAGAAAAACGUUUACAACGUGCUACUUUUCGUGAAAUAUAUAAUUCAUUUGAAGAAGGUACAUCACCUGAAUUUACAAUUAAAUUUGGUCGAGAAGUAUUAGAAAUAACAUCAUGGACAGGACGUCUUUAUUAUAAUGGUUUUAGUAAUUUAUUAGGCACUGGUAUGAAUGUGCAUUUAAAAGAAAAUGGAUUUCUUCGUUCAGUUUUUAAUUUGGAUGAUGCUGCAGUUGAAGAAAAUCAACAGGGGAAAGGCAAUCGGUUUGAACGACAAUUGGCAAAUAAAGCAGCAUUUAAAUUACGUACACAAGCACUGAGAAAAACUCGUGAUAAUAAAGUUAUACGUAGCCACCAUGAAGAUUGA